AUGGCAAAUAAAAAUGGCCAAUAUGAGGUUGUGGGGGAAUUACGUAUUGCGACAUGGGGCUUUCUAAUUGGGCUAGGCUUGCCACUUCCUUACAUAGUGAUAGCUAGUACUCUACCAACUCUGAUUGGCAUUGUGUUGAUAGCUGCUCUUGGUAUUUUAAAGAUCUCGAAUCUUAUUUAUCGUGUUCGUUCUGGUGGAUUGAUAUUGGUAGCAGCUACAUUUUUAGGAUUAGUUUUCAGCUUUGGCUUGUACCUGGUCGUAUAUGGAACGAACUUACGUUAUCUUGGCUUUUAUUUAAUGUCAUUAUCCUUUUUCCAUUGGUCAGAAUAUGCUACAACAGCAUUAUUUAAUGCUGAAAAAUUAAGUAUGGAUUCUUUUUUACUGAAUCAUAGCAAGGAAUAUGGAAUUGCAGCAGUUUCUAGCUGGAUUGAAUACUUUAUCGAGCUUUAUUUUUUCCCUCAACUCAAGUCAUUACAUUGGCUAAGUUGCAUUGGAAUUAUCAUGGCUGUUUGCGGCGAAUUUAUACGUAAGCGUAGUAUGUUUGUUGCAGCAUCAAACUUCAGUCACGUUGUAGCUACCAAGAAAGCAUCUUCCCACGAGCUAGUAACUCAUGAUGUCUAUUCGUUAUGCCGACACCCAUCCUAUUUUGGUUGGUUUUGGUGGAGUGUAGGAACUCAGGUUAUCCUAUGCAACCCAAUUUGCUGUAUUGGGUACGCUUUUGCCUCAUGGAAUUUCUUCAAUGGAAGGAUUCAAGAUGAAGAAGCUUAUCUUUUGCAAUUUUUUGGUCAAGAAUAUUUAGAUUAUAUGAGCAAAGUUGGCGUUGGUAUACCCUUUAUUCAUGGUCUGUCUAUAAAAAUUAAAGUCUAUAUAAAUAUUAUCAUUUAUUUGACCUUAUGUACUUUCACAGCGCUAGAAAUUAUGGGACAAUUACUGAUUUCCCGUUAG